GUGUGACACACAGUUUCCGUCAGAUGGGAGAUUGUUUGUCUGUGCAGUGGUGCGUCAAAAGGUCACAAACUGAGUACUGAUACAUGUACUACUUAAAAACUAUAGCAGUUAGUUAGCUAGCUAUGUAUUUUCGUCAGAUUUUACGGACACAGUUCGUCGGGACCAGAUCGGCUCACCUCGGCCGUUUGCACCGUGUUUGUCGAGCCGAGAGACCACUGUGCAGCAAAAGUGACGAGGUGAGGCUGGCAGAGGAGGCCAGCAAGAAGUACGGCUCCCCAGCUCCAACCAUAUUCUCCAAAGUGAUAGACAAAAGCAUCCCCGCAGAUAUUAUAUAUGAAGAUGAGAAGUGUUUGGCAUUCAGGGAUAUCAGCCCACAGGCCCCUGUCCACUUCCUGGUUAUUCCAAGGGUCCCUAUUCCCAGAAUAAGUGAGGCCAAAGAUGAUGAUGCUGAGCUCUUAGGACAUUUAUUGGUUGUUGCCAAAAAUGUGGCAAAGCAGGAGUCUCUAAAUGAAGGAUACAGAGUGGUGAUCAACGAUGGAAAGCACGGCUCUCAGUCAGUUUACCACCUUCACAUCCACGUCCUGGGAGGAAGGCAGAUGAUGUGGCCACCAGGAUAAUGCUUUCAUGUGAAUGUUUAAGUGUGUGUUGGUCGUUUCUUCGUCUUUUCAGGCUACUUUAAUGUGUGUAAUCAUGUGAGAACGACCUGAUGUAUUAUGGGUGUAGUUUAUUGAAAACUUCAUAAUCUCAUCUGAUUUUCCGUAUAAAAUCUCACAACAACCUGAAAAAUAUGACAUGUAAAUAUGAAGUAUGAUCUUGAGAAAUGUAAAAAUGAAGAGUAAAUACAUUUUGUUUGAUACAGAUGCAAAUAAAGGCAUGAUUUCUAAUAUGGAAA